UUCCGGGCAACGCUCAUGCUCAGAAUCCAACAUGGCUGCUCACAUGUCAAGAUUAAUGGGCUGGAGCCGAGCGCAGAGGUUUGGCAUCGCAGUCUGUAGGCAGUACAGCAGUGCGUAUCCCAGUGUGUCCCUGUCCACACCGCUGCCCGGGAUCCCCAAGCCUGUCUUUGCCUCUGUGGACGGCCAUGAGAAAUACGAGACUAAAAUCACCACCUUAGAAAACGGACUCAAAGUUGCAUCUCGGAACAAAUUUGGUCAAUUCUGUACAGUUGGAAUUCUAGUAAACUCAGGCUCACGUCAUGAAGCAAAAUAUCCCAGCGGAAUUGCACACUUUUUGGAAAAGCUUUCCUUUUCUUCCACAGCCCAGUUUGAAAGUAAAGAUGAGAUUCUUCUAACACUUGAGAAGCAUGGAGGCAUAUGUGACUGCCAAACAUCCAGGGACACAACAAUGUAUGCGGUUUCAGCUGAAGUGAAGGGUCUGGAUACUGUAGUGAACCUUCUGUCAGAUGCGGUUCUACAGCCCCGUUUAUUAGAUGAGGAGAUUGAGAUGACCAGAAUGGCUGUUCGGUUUGAGUUGGAGGAUCUGAACAUGAGACCUGACCCGGAGCCUUUACUAACAGAAAUGAUUCAUGCUGCCGCAUACAGGGGCAACACGGUGGGCCUGCCUCGCUUCUGCCCUCCUGAAAAUGUUGAGAAGAUCGACAGGAAGCUGCUUCAUAAGUACCUACAGAGCUAUUACUGUCCGCAGCGCAUGGUGCUGGCUGGGGUUGGGAUUGAACACGAGCAGCUUGUUCAGUGUGCCAGGAAGUAUCUCCUAAAUGUUAAACCAGUAUGGAGCACGAGCACACCUGCCAACGUCGACAAGUCUGUAGCACAAUACACGGGUGGCAUUGUUAAGAUGGUGAAGGACAUGUCAGAUGUGAGUUUGGGUCCGACACCCAUCCCUGAACUAACGCACAUCAUGAUUGGGCUGGAGAGCUGCUCCUUUUUGGAGGAUGACUUCAUCCCCUUUGCGGUCCUCAAUAUGAUGAUGGGAGGUGGAGGAUCCUUCUCUGCCGGAGGGCCCGGAAAAGGCAUGUUCACCCGUCUCUACCUUAAUGUGCUCAACAGGCAUCACUGGAUGUACAAUGCUACUUCGUACCACCACAGCUAUGAAGAUAGUGGUCUGCUGUGUAUCCAUGCAAGUGCAGACCCUAGACAGGUGCGAGAAAUGGUGGAGAUCAUAACAAGGGAGUUUAUUCAGAUGGCUGGGACAGCAGGAGAAAUGGAGCUAGAGAGAGCCAAGACACAACUGAAAUCCAUGCUCAUGAUGAACCUGGAGUCACGACCGGUCAUCUUUGAAGAUGUAGGUCGACAAGUACUUGCCACAGGCAAGAGGAAGCUGCCACAUGAGCUGUGUGAGCUCAUCAGUAAUGUUACAGCCAGUGACAUCAAGAGAGUUACAAUGAAAAUGCUGCGUAGUAAGCCUGCUGUAGCAGCGCUGGGAGAUCUAUCAGAGCUGCCCUUGUACGAGGACAUUCAGGCCGCUCUCUCUAGUAAAGACGGACGUCUGCCUCGCAUAUACCGCCUGUUCCGAUAGGGGACAGACAGCUGGCACCAUCUAGGGGCAAAUAUGAGGACUGACCCAACAAAUACUAUUCUCGACUGGAAUUUAAGUGCAAUGUUUAGGACUGUGGUUGCGUUUCAUCUAUAAAGUGUUUAAAACGUGACUUUAAAGCGAUAGUUCACCCAAAAAGUCUGUCAUUAUUUACUCACCCUCAUGUCAUUUCAAAACUGU